UUAAAGGCUUUAAAGGGGGAAUGCUUCGUCCCAGGCGCUGCUACCAUCGCUUUGCUUGCGGCGCGUAUCCUCGCGAGCCCGAGCUCCCAAAUCCUGCCCCCUGCAAGGUGCUCCAUCUCCGCAACCUGGCGCAGGAUGUGGCCGAGGACGAUCUUGUGGAGCUUGUUCGCCCAUUUGGAAGAGUCAGCGGCAUUGUUCUCUUGAGGACAUGGAAUCAAGCUUUUGUUCAAAUGCAAGAUAUCGCCAAGGCCUUUCUAGUCAUCCGGCACUUUGCUUCGCGCCAGGCAACCGUAAGGGGGAGGGACGUUUCCAUCCAGUUCUCUGCUCGUAAAGAGCUCUAUCCGGCCGAGGAAACAUGCAGCCCAAUCCUUCUAGUGACGAUGCUAGACUCGGUGUGUCACGUUACCGUGGAUGCCCUCCAUCAGACCUUCAAGAGUUUCGGGCCCAUCGAGAAGAUUGCCAUCUUUCCUCAGUCAACUGUGCUUGCGCAGGCACUCAUCCAGUACGCUUCUCCACGAGAUGCUCGUGAAGCCAAGCAUCGUCUCCACAAAAGCAAGAUCUUGAACGGGUCGUGCACUAUGGAAAUCCAAUACUCAAGGACCGACGAAGUUCGUGUGGCAUGCAAUAACGAUCUUUCCAGAGACUUCACGAACAGUUCUUUGCCAAGUGCAAGGUUUCCGUCCAUUCUCGGCGCAGGAAACGCUCACCUGAUGAAACCCGGUGUCCGAUGUCGGUCCAACAACGAACCAGCGCUGCGUGCUGCUCCUCUCGAAUCUAAACACGCGGAUGAUAAACGAGCACAAGCUGUACAACCUCUUCUCGGUCUACGGAAAUGUCCUGCGAAUCAAAGGCUCCUUUGUGAAACCAGAGCUCGCACUGGUACAGAUGAGCGACGGCUUCCAAGCGGACCUUGCGAUGGCCUGCCUCAAGGGAGUUUCACUGUUUGGAAAGAAAAUGGAGAUCACUCUAUCAGAUCACUCAUGCUUGCGGCACCCUCACACGCAUUUCUACAGCUGGGGGACUGGGAACCGGUUCCUGUACGCGUAUGCCAAGAAGUGCUGCCCCCCGACCAAGGUGAUCCACGCCUCCAACCUGGUGCCGGACAUCCAAGAGGUGGACGUGGUGAGGCACUUCGCGGAGCAUGGUGUGAUCGUCAAGGUGGAGGUGUCGCAGGCGAGGGAGGGGAGGAAGCGGAGGGAAGCUCUGGUGGAAUUCACCAGCGUCGAGAGUGCGACCGAGGCCAUCGCUUGCAAGCAGUGGAGCUCCUUGAGAGGUGCCAGGGCGCGCCUUGUCUACUGGAGGUUCCAUGCUUUCAGCCCCGGAUUUUAACUUCCGGCAUUUGAUAUAGUCUCUUUUUAUGAAAAUACCAACAUAGGUGAUCUGUAAAUGGAAAAA